AGAAGUGAACUUGUUCCCUCGAAACGCCUUAAUCUUGAAAGAAUGCUAAAACCCCUCACAGGUUUACCUCUUUGAAGAAUUAGCGCCACCAGUCCAUCGCAAUAUCUCUUUGUUUUACAAUGCUACGCUGCAGAAACUUGUUGUUCUCUAGAGCCAUGAAAAAGAAAAAUAAUUUGAAGUUGAAAAAGAAAGCAAGAAACAAAACUAUUUCAAAAAGAAAACAAGAAACCAUUUCUUUAAAUGAAGAAUCAGCUCACCAACAUCAGCUGAAAGACCAAGAAAUUCAAGAUUUCCAAGAAGAAGAAGAAGAAGAUGCUCAAGGUUUUAGCCUAAAAAACUCAGCUCCAUCUCACAUUUUUUAUGGUGUCCAGCCACUAGGUAAUCUUUACUUAAAUCCAGGUUCUAUCAAUUCAAGAAACACUGGUUUAGGUAAUCUCCAUACCCUAACUGAUGAGCUUGUUCUUGAUAUUCUUGGACUUCUUGAUGGUACCCACUUGGGUAUUUUGGCUACUGUUAGCAAAUCUUUUUAUGUUUUUGCUAACCAUGAGCCUCUUUGGAGAAAUCUUGUAUUGGAUAACUUAAAUGGUGCGUUUUUGUUCAAUGGUUCAUGGAAGCUUACUUACAUUUCUUCUUUUUCCCCCUCUUUUGAUGUUUCUUGCAUGCGGAUAUCGAAUUUGAGAGUUAGAGAUUUUUAUUCUGAUUAUAUAUUCCAAAGUUGGUUAUGUGCUAAUCUUGAAAUGAAACCUGAAUGGCUUGAGAGAGAUAAUAUAGUUAGAAAGAAGGGUAUUUCUGUUGAAGAAUUUGUUUCGAAUUUUGAGGAACCAAAUAAGCCAGUGUUGCUUGAAGGAUGUAUGGAUAAUUGGGCUGCAUUCCAUAAUUGGGAUAGAGAUUAUUUAGUUAGAAUAUGUGGUGAUGUUAAAUUUGCAGUUGGACCGGUGGAAAUGCGGCUUAAGGAGUACUUUAGGUAUGCAGACCAAGUGAGGGAAGAAAGGCCAUUGUAUCUUUUCGACCCGAAGUUCGCAGAAAAAGUUCCAAGUUUGGGUUCAGACUACAAAGUUCCUAUGUACUUUAGAGAGGAUUUGUUUGGUGUUCUAGGUAGUGAGAGACCUGAUUAUAGGUGGAUCAUAGUCGGACCAGCAGGGUCUGGUUCAUCAUUCCACAUUGAUCCUAAUUCUACAUCAGCUUGGAAUGCAGUGAUUAAGGGGUCUAAGAAAUGGAUUUUGUUCCCACCUGAUGUGAUACCGUCCGGGGUACAUCCAAGCCCAGAUGGCACAGAGGUCGCAUGUCCUGUUUCUAUAAUUGAAUGGUUUAUGAACUUUUAUGAUGCUACAAAAGAUUGGAAGAAACGACCUAUUGAAUGUGUCUGUAAGGCUGGGGAAGUGAUUUUUGUGCCCAAUGGAUGGUGGCAUUUGGUGAUCAAUCUGGAAGAAUCUGUUGCCAUGACACAGAAUUAUGUCAGCAGGAGUAAUUUGUUGAAUGUUCUGGAGUUUCUUAAGAGGCCAAAUGCAAGUGAGCUGGUGUCCGGAACCAGAGACCGCGUGAAUUUGCAUGAUAAGUUUAAGAAUGCUAUUGAAGCAAGGUUUCCUGGAACUAUUGAUGAUUUGGUGCAGAAAGCUGAGGAGAAAAAGGCACAACAGAAAAAACUUUCCUUUUGGGACUCGGUGACUGAUUCCCAUGCUGGUGCUUUCAAGUUCAGUUUCUAAGAUUCACCCAUUAAAGAUAACAUACUAUUGGAGCAGGAUAACUAGUAUCAGCAGUCUUACUGUCCUACUCCAACUUCCAUGAAAGAUUGCUAAACAAUUUUGGCAUUGUUCAUUUACAGAUUUUUCAUCAUUGUACUUCAUUAAUUUCUAUAAUAGCGCAUAUGUUAUCUUA